AUGUCUGACCCCGUCACCCUACGCACGCGGAAGUUCAUCCGCAACCCGCUCCUCGGACGCAAGCAGAUGGUUGUCGACGUCCUCCACCCCAACCGCGCAAACGUGUCCAAGGACGAGCUCCGAGACAAGCUCGCAGAGCUGUACAAGACCGGCAAGGACACGGUGUCGGUAUUCGGCUUCAAGACCCAGUACGGUGGCGGCAAGAGCACCGGCUUCGCCCUCAUCUACGACUCGAACGAGGCCAUGAAGAAGUUUGAGCCGCACUACAGACUCGUCCGCGUCGGCAUGGCGGAUAAGAUUGAGAAGGCGUCGAGACAGCAACGCAAGCAACGCAAGAACAGGGCAAAGGAGUUCCGCGGUGUGGCAAAGACCAAGGGCGGUGCCAAGGACAAGAAGAAAUAGAUGUGACGACGACGAUUGUGUGGGCAGUAGUGGUGAUGGGAGAGGGAUUCAGGAUUUGCGCGCCGGCCUGGCAUGUGGCAUGGACAUGGCAUGGCAUGGCAUGGCAUUAGGGCGGGCGCUUUCGGGCUCGCGUAUAUCGUGUACAAUACGUACCCUCGAUAAAGUCGUCAUUGCAUUACCUUCUUCCCAACACGACACGCUCAUGCGGCGGACGACCGGAUGGGGAUACUCUGCCAACGAAUCUUGACGGCGUUUCUCCUGCCCGUCUCGUUCCGCCAGGUCUUUGUGUUGUCUUGAUGCCGUGCUCUUGACAGUCGUGUCAUCACGUUUCCUGCACGCGUCAUGAAUCUCGAGAUGACUCUCUUGAACAUACAGCAUGCCUUAUAUGUCAGAUCUUACCUACCUACCUGUCCUACCUACCUGUCCUACCUACCUGUCCUACCUACCUGUCCUACCUACCUACCCAACUACAACUACCC